AAUUAGCAGACACACUGCGAUGUCAGGAAGUAACAAGCCGUCCGUGUCGUCAACAUUCAGGAGGCGAAAGAAAUAGUCUUCCUUAUUUCUCGAUCAAGAUUUCACCGAGCCAGUCGCCUGUGUUAUUAUUCGCCUCUUAAUGGUAUUUACCUGCGCCGUGAAUGUGAGUUUAUCGUGUCCGGUGUUACGCAGGGUUGCAGGUGGACUGCUUUUACUAGUUGAAGAGCUGGAAGUUUCGCCUGGAAAGCACUGCUGGAUUUUUUUUCCCCAUGUUGGAAAUGAUUCCGCUCUGGAAAACAACGAGGUUGUUUUGAAAAAGAUCCUUAUCAUGCUGUACUGUGCGGUGUGCUGUACUGAUGCAUGUCUGUGUGUUUAAAGAAUGAAUGUCACGAACGGAAAGGCGACAAUCUGCCAGGAUGAAUCGGUCUGCGCUCUGCAAAUUUACCCCAGGUUGUCCGCCAAACCUGGGCAAGACUGCAUCCUCAGGGUCCCGAAAGAGGCCACAGCCGCCACCGUCAUUAAGACGGCUCUCACUACGCUUGGCUUAGACACAUCCAAACCCCACGUUCUCGUGGAGGUCCAAGAGUACGGUGGAGAAGAAUGGGUCCUACAAGCCAGCGACCUUCCCGUUCAAAGAGUCCUUCUCUGGCCUAGAAAGGCUCAACUCAAACAUCCUCAAAGCGAUGGAUACUUCUUCGCUCUUCAAGAGGGAAGCUACGACAGAUCCAUGCAUUAUGACAUUAUGUCAUCUGUCCGACGAGAGAAAGUAGCUCAGGGGCUUGUAACUCGGGGUUUCGUCUCACAGCAGCCUCAGGAGUAUGACGAUUUAUGCAACCUCCCUGAUCUAACAGAGGAGAGCAUCUUGGAAACUCUGCGGCAUCGCUUCCACAAGCAGAAGAUCUACACGUUUGCGAGCAACAUCCUCAUCGCUGUUAAUCCCUUUAAGUUUCUCCCCAUCUACAAUCCCAGAUACGUCAAGAUGUAUGAGAACCACACGCUGGGCAAGCUGGAACCUCACGUCUUCGCUAUUGCAGAUGCUGCCUUCCACACGAUGAUGAACAAACGGGUCAACCAAUGCAUCGUCAUCUCCGGGGAGAGUGGUUCUGGUAAAACACAGAGCACCAACUUCCUUAUCCACUGCCUGACCGCCCUCAGCCAGAAAGGAUAUACUAGUGGCGUGGAGCGAACCAUCCUGGGAGCAGGCCCAGUGCUUGAGGCAUUUGGCAAUGCUAAAACAGCAUACAACAACAACUCAAGUCGCUUUGGAAAGUUCAUUCAAGUGAAUUAUCUGGAGAGUGGCGUUGUGAGAGGGGCUGUUGUUGAGAAGUAUUUACUAGAGAAAUGCCGCCUAGUGUCCAGAGGAAAAACUGAAAGGAAUUAUCAUGUUUUUUAUUACCUUUUGAUUGGCGCCUCAGAGGAGGAGAGAGAUGAGUUUAAGCUUCUGCAGCCUAAUGACUACCACUACCUCAAAGAGGAAAUGCCAAUUUCAGAGGAUCAAGCUGAAAUGACACAUGAAUUCCGGAGACUUCAUCAGGCCAUGGAGAUGGUCGGUUUUCUGCCUCCAACCAAAAAGCAGAUAUUCUCUGUGCUCUCUGCCAUUCUGUACCUGGGAAAUGUGACGUACAAGCCAAAAGAUGUUGGCGAAGGGCUUAAAGUUGGACCUGAUCAUGUCCUUUCAGCUCUGUCUGACCUUCUAAAGGUUAAAGUUGAGCUGCUUGUUGAAGCACUGACUACAAGGAAAGCAAUGACUGCUAAUGACAAGCUGAUUCUGCCUUACAGCCUCAAUGAGGCUAUUACUGCCAGAGACUCUAUGGCCAAGUCUUUGUACAGUGCCCUGUUUGAUUGGAUCGUCCUGCGAAUCAAUCAUGCUCUACUCAACAAGAGAGAUUUGGAGGACUCUGUACCGUGUUUAUCAAUUGGAGUCCUGGACAUAUUUGGAUUUGAAGAUUUCAAGACCAACAGCUUUGAACAGUUCUGCAUUAAUUAUGCUAAUGAGCAACUACAGUAUUACUGCAACCAGCGCAUAUUUACACUGGAACAAGAGGAAUAUCUGGCAGAGGGAAUCACAUGGCACACCGUUGACUUCCCUGACAACAUUGGCUGCAUCAGUCUCUUCAGCAAGAAGCCCACUGGACUGUUUUUUCUACUUGAUGAGGAAAGCAAUUUUCCUCAAGCCACAGACAGCACUUUACUAGAGAAGUUUAAGCAGCAACACCAGGACAACCCGUUCUUUGUGCAGACCCCAGUGCGUGAACCAGCUUUUGUCAUUCUGCAUUUUGCUGGCAAGGUCAAAUACCAGAUAAAGGACUUCAGAGAGAAAAACACGGACCACAUGAGGCCGGAUAUUGUUGCUUUGCUUCGUAGUAGUGAGUGCAGUUACUUACGGCAGCUGAUCGGGGCUAAUCCAGUGGCUGUGUUCAGAUGGGGGAUCCUGAGGGCCACAAUACGCACACUGGCUGUGUUUAACAAGGCUGGACGAACCUGGGCCGAAAAACAUCCAGAUGAGAUCAGGCGCUACUCCAGACGCUCUUUUGGUGAAUCGAGGAGGCCCAGCCCUACUGUUCCUACAAUACAGAGACUGAAGAGCCAGUCUAGGAUUGACUUUUCCUUUGAUCGAUCUGAAGAAGAUCCACUGGAAGCAUUUGAGGACAUUUUUGCAACGUUUGAAAGCAAGAAGGAAUUGCAUGCCAAAGUCCUCCGCUCCCUUAGGCAGUUUGGUGUUGAAGUUCCUCAAAAGCUGCGUCUGUCCACAAAUUCUUCGAGAAAAUACCGUCUCUUCUCUCAGAAGAACAGGCCAAACAAACACAAGCAGCUAAUUCCUAAGAAUCUCAUCGACUCACACUCUCUGAAGUUCAUCAUGGCCCUGACACAGCACAACCGCGUGACCAGAUCCCUGCUCCAUCUGCACACCAAGAAGAAACCACCUAGCAUCAGCGCUCAAUUCCAGGCAUCCCUAAGCAAGUUGUUGGAAACCUUGAGGAAAGCAGAACCUUUCUUUGUUCGCUGUAUCAGAUCAAAUGGGGAUAAGAGGGAAAUGCACUUUGAUGAUGCUCUAGUUCUUCAGCAACUGAGAUACACCGGCAUGUUACAAACCGUUCGGAUUAGAAGGUCUGGAUAUGGAGCCAAAUUCACCUUUAGGGAGUUUAUUGAUCAGUUUAGAGUGCUGCUGCCAAAGGAAAUAUCAACACCUCAGGAGGACAUUACUAACCUGCUGACUAAAAUGGGAUUACCCGGCUCCAGUUUUCAGAUUGGCCAGACCAAGGUGUUCCUGAAAGAGUCAGAGAGACAAAUACUUCAGGAAACUCUUCAUAAAGAAGUCAUGCGGCGCAUUAUAAUUCUCCAGAGAUGGUUUCGAGCCUGUUUGAUGAGGAAACAGUAUCUACGUGGGAGGAAAGGAAUUAUAACAAUACAGCGAUCAUGGCGUUAUGUGCGUGAGACGUACAGAUGCAGAGCUGCUAUUGUGAUUCAGAUUGCAUGGCGAAAGUCCAGGCAGAGAGCAGAGCAAGAAAAACUCAAAGCACAGGCAUUUCAGAGAGAUCUGAACAAGAUUGAGGAGAAGAAGCCCAGCCAGCCCAAACCACUGCCUUCACUGCCUAAUGAAUCCCGCACAGCUGAAUCAAAGAAAACUGAUGAACCGAGACCACAGUUAAACACAGACACCAAACCUAAAAUCCCAACACAACCUACUCCGGGAAUCACAAAGCAACUUAGCGUUAAAGAGGACCGACUGGGUCGGAGUAAUCGAGGAAUGGUUGGCAAUAAAGAAAGACAUCCGUCUCCUUCAGGCCUCCCUCGGCCUGUGUCUCUACCACUGAACAUGAGCCAAAGCGCCUAUAAUGAUAGUCAACAUACUGUUCAGCUACAGCGGCAAAACAAGUCAAACAGGCUGACAGAGAAGCCAGAGAAGUGGAAGGAGAGGAGCAGUGAUGCCGCUCGUAUGGGGAACAUCGAUGAGAUAAAGCCACGAAGCCAUGAGAAAAUAGGUUUCUUAAAACCUGGUAUUUCUCUGUCUCUGGAUAAUGUGUCUAGGAUGAGCUCUUCAGAGUCCGACAGCUCAGCCUCAUCAUCCAGGAAUGAGGUUAUGGUUGAGAACCGUAAGCGCCUCAAACACAAGCGUCGGCUUGCGCGUCCCCGCAGCGGGCUGAAGGUGGAUGAUUUGGAUCUAAGUGACUCUGCGUACUGGAGUUUUCCCCUACCUCCCAUAAGCCCCGCUGCUCCCAACCAGUCCAUUACCCAAGUGGUAGUGGAGGCUGUGAUGCAGUCGUCUGUAGAAUCCGAUGGGUGUUUUCCAUUCUCCAAUAGAUCACCAAGUGAGGAAGUGAUUGCACCAUCCAUUACACCAGAAAGGAAGGGAUUCUUAAAGUUUUUUAAGAAGCGCUCAACACCCCAGGAUGGGACUAUUACUAUGGUGAAGACUUUGGCAGAAAAAGAGGAACUAGCCAGUGGAAAUCACUCAAAUUCUCCGCGCACCAAAAACUCAGGCACAUAUCCUGGAGCCCAUCGCAACCCCACCAUUAAAAUCAGCCGAGCUACUCGUACCCAGGUGCAGUGGAAUGCUUCGCUGGACAGAGAGAUCACUGACACCAAUGAACUCCGCCACCUGGAUGAGUUCCUUGGAAAUCAGAUGAAUGAUCUAAGCACACGCUCAAAGGAGCUCUCGGAGACGGAAAAAAUCUUCUUCACAGCCACCACGCAGUUCAGAGAGACCAUCAAAAGCAUGUACUCCAUCUCUAAUCCCAGUAUUGGCUAUAAAGUCCUGAUGUCUGGUUACCAGAAAAAGGUGGACAGUCUCGCAGGGAAGAAGAAAGCAUCCGAGGUGCCGCUUGUGGUGAAUCUUUUCCAAUCAGUUCUGGAUGGAUUUAUCAGGGGCGAGCUUAAACGAAUAGACGCAGAGCCUUGUAAGGUUAAAGAACGAAAUAGAAGAAAAUCUAAAAGAGAGGCACAUCCUGACAGCCCACUGGGACACUUAUUUAGCACAUACCAGGUGACUAUUAUGCAAUCAUGUGACCAGUGCACCUCUUACAUAUGGGGAAUGGAAAAGGCCUUCAUGUGCAGCUCUUGCAAAAUGGUGUGCCAUAAGAAGUGUCUGAGCAAGAUAACUAUAAAUUGCACAGCUCACUAUAUCAGAAAGAAAGAAGGUGAGCACACCCUCCACUUUGGCGUUCCUCUCUGUGCCCUGGUCCACGCAGCAGACUCUGUGCCCUUCGUCUUAGAGCAGAUGCUAGUACAUGUUGAAAUGAAUGGACUGUACACAGAGGGCAUCUACCGCAAGUCUGGCGCCGCAUGCCGAGCCAAAGAGCUUCACCAAAAACUAGAGAAAGAUCCACACACUGUCAGUCUUGACACUUACCCCAUCCACACCGUCACUGGCCUGGUCAAACAGUGGUUACGGGAAUUACCCGACCCACUUAUGACAUACAGCCUCUACAAUGACUUCCUGUAUGCUGUGGAUUUGCCAGAAACAUCUGAGCGGUUGCGCGCUGUUUAUCGAAAAUUAGAAGAACUACCUUCCUCAAACAUCUCUACUCUCGAGAGGCUUAUUUUUCAUCUUGUGAAAGUGGCAAAAGAGGAAGAGCACAAUCGAAUGUCAGCUGACUCUUUGGCUAUCGUGUUCGCACCCUGUAUUCUGCGCUGCCCAGAUUCAUCUGACCCUCUCCUCAGUAUGAAAGAUAUUAACAAGACCACCCUAUGUGUGGAAAUUCUGAUUAAGGAGCAAAUAAGGCGCUAUAAUCAGAAAAUGGAAGAAAUUCAGCAGCUGGAAAGUGCUGAAGCAAUGGCUGUUAAAGAGCUCCAGCUCAGGAGACAGAACACGCAGAUAUUUGAACCGCCGAAAUCAGAUUCAAAUGCUUCGUCGAAGGACAGAGCUGGGCUUGAAAUUGAAAAGAACCUACUUAAGCGGAUCAAGUCUAUCAAGAAUGAGAAGAAUAUUUUGGCCUACACACUGCCUGAGUUUGACCGGGACAGCUCUGAUGCUGAGAACAUGGACUCUGAAUCAUUAGUCAGCUCUGAAAGUCUACUAGAAGAUCAUUUUUCGAGUUUGGGCUUGGAAGCGAAUGAUGCCUUGAAGUGCUUAAAGCCAGAGAAACCGGCUAAACCUCCUGAUUCAACACAUGACACCAAAAUGGGGAGCAAACAGCCAACUGAGGGCCGAAACCAAAAUCGCUCUGCCUCACGCAGAGAUGGAGUCCAGUCUAUGUGUGUCAUUCAGAAGCAAAACCUCCCAGAAUCUGCUGUUUCUACUGACAAUCAGGGCAAGAGACGAUUUUCCGAACUUGACAUUCCUUUUAUAGAUGAGGAAGAUUGACCUUCUGCAACACCACACUGAACACAAUCUGAAAUCUAUAAUCUAUAUGCAAAUAUUUGCAUUCAUGCAACUGUCAGCAUUCUGUUUCUAAUCUUAUCGACACCCAGUUUGAGGAAUGAGUCAAAUGCUGUAUUCAUGUUUUAGAGCAUGGGUGUCAAACUCAAAUCCUGAAGUGCCGCAGUUCUGCAAAGAUUAGCUUUAACCCCAAUUCACACACUGAAUCAAACUAAUUGAGUCCAUCAGGCUUGUUUGAAAUCUACAGGUAAACAUGUUGAAGCAGGGUUGGAACUAAACUGCAGAGCUGCGGCCCUCCAGGAACAGCCCUCCACCUGUGUCUUAGAGCAUGGGUGUCACACUAAAUUUCUGGAGGGUUCAGUUCAGUUCCAACACUGCUUCAACACACCUAUCUGUAGGUAUCAAGCAAGACUAAAGCACUCAGUUAGUUUGAUAAGGUGUGUUUAAUUUGAAUUGGAACUAAACUGUGCAGAGCUGCGGCCCUCCAGGAACUGAGAUUGACCCCUGUGUAAUACAGCUCAUGUUGUGUUUAUAGAUUACAUUCAGGAACUAAACAAAUCAUUUUAUAAAAAGUACAUUCAAAGCCAUAACUGUUCUGUAUAAUGUUUUGCUAGCAUUAUUUAAAUAUUGCUUUGUAACCUUCCUAAACUUUUGGCUGUUUCAAACUGAGCCUGUAUAUGUUUUAUAGGUGCAUGUUCGAGUUCAAUCUUUUCAAAAUCAGGAAAUUGUAGAAAACUCUUCAUAACCACAACAUUGAUUGUUUUAUAUGAAACUGCUGUAUGUGGUGUAAACAGUUUUGAAACCCAGUGCAUUCUCAGUGAAACAGAUCGAAUGAGUCUUAUGUGAAUAUUUUUAUAUUGUCAGUCUUUUUUAUGAGGAAAUGUGAUGUUGGUAAUCAUAUGAUCACUUCCUACUGCACUGCUCCAAGAUGGGACAUAUUUGUUAUUUUUAAUAUCUAAUGUCAGAUUCUGACAAUCUCCUCAGUCAAUCUGUGUCAUGAAAAAGCUGUUCUGUAUGUUUUAUAUAUUAUGUGUGGGCCAUAGAGAUGAGGAGAAAUAGUUACAACAGGUGUUGAAACUAGUCAGUCGGUGAUGUAGAUUGUAAAUAUGAAAAUGUUUUAAGACACCUGUAAUCUUUACUCCAACGUCAAUUGUAUGUGAAAAUAUAAAAAUGAUUUAGAAUUUGACUGUCAUCAUUUAAGAUAUCCAAUAUAAAGUUUAUCCAAUAUA